GGAGAGGGCGGGCGAGUGCGGCGUCAACAGAGAGCGCGGCGAAGGCCGGUGGAGCGCGGCGGCGCCACAGACAGGCAGUAGCUGAAGCUGAGGAGAAAUCACAUUAUUUUUCUUUUUAAAAACCUCCUCACGCUUUAAUGGGGUGUAAAUAAUCCGUUUAUUGUUUUGCUCCUCGCACAUUAUAUAUAUAUAUAGUUUUUUAAACAUGGAACUAGACGAUGGGGUGGUUUACCAGGACGACUCCAACACCAACGUGAUGUCGGAGCGGGUGUCGGGCCUGGCGGCCAGUAUUUACCGCGAGUUCGAGCGCAUGAUCCGCAAGUACGACGAGGACGUGGUGAAGGAGCUGAUGCCGCUGGUGGUGGGCGUGCUGGAGAACUUGGACGCCGUGUUCGCCGAGAACCAGGAGCACGCCGUGGAGCUGGAGCUGCUGAAGGAGGACAACGAGCAGCUCAUCACGCAGUACGAGCGGGAGAAGGCCCUGCGCAAGCACGCCGAGGAGAAAUUCAUAGAGUUUGAGGACUCUCAAGAACAGGAGAAGAAGGACCUCCAGAUUCGUGUCGAGGUGUUGGAGUCACAGACACGGCAACUUGAACUCAAGGCAAAAAAUUAUGCAGACCAGAUUGGCAGGUUGGAGGAGAGGGAGUCAGAACUCAAGAAAGAAUACAAUGCACUUCAUCAAAGACAUACAGAGAUGAUCCACAAUUAUAUGGAGCACUUAGAACGGACCAAACUUCACCAGUUACUCGGGCUAGAUUUGCAAGAACCAGGAGCGCACAACAAAGUUAGGAGAGAGCCGCCUCGUUCCUUGGGUCUUUACCAGUUGCCUGGAGGAGACGUUCAUACCCCAGAUGCACAGAAGGACGGAGCUGAAACACCUGGCUCGGAAAGCUGGAGGUUCAAUGACCUUAGCCAGCCACGGUCCAACACAAGCCUAAAGGAUGAACUCUCUGAUGUCAGCCAGACCUCCAGCUUGGUGCCAACAAAACCCAACACGCCCAUGUCUGCUCUGCCGGACGCAGCCAUGGGAGAUUCCAUUUCUCCAAGAAAGGAAAGCCAGGCAAUCGAAGGGUUAUUUAAAAACUUGAACCAAGCUUGUAAAAAACCAGAGAACAAGAAAAAUAUUGAUGUGCAGGUACAGCAGGACACAAGAGCUCUAACAGUAGGUAUGACUGAAAAUGAAGACAAAUCAGAUGUUCAAGCUAUUAUUGACUCAACGCCUGAAUUAGAUAUGGAUCGAGAUUUUAUUGGGUACAAAGGAACCAGCACACCUACCCAGGGAAUAGAGAACAAGGCAUUUGACCGGAACACGGAAUCUAUUUUUGACGAACUGUCCCAAUCGGCUUCUGAGUUGAUUGGUGAUGUGGAUGAGGGGGCAAAUUUGCUGGAUCAUAAUAUCUUUGGUAUGGGUCGCGAGGUUGAGAAUCUUAUUCAAGAAAACACACAACUGCUGGAGACCAAAAAUGCCCUGAACGUGGUGAAGAAUGACCUGAUAGCGCAGAUCGAUGAACUGACGUGUGUGAAGGACGUGCUGCAGGGGGAAUUGGAGUCGGUCAGACAAGCCAAGCUGAAACUGGAGGAGAAGAACAAGGACUUGGAGGAAGAGCUGAGGAAAGUACGUGUGGAGGCAGAAGAAGCAAAGAGCAGAGCGAAGGAGGAUUCUGACGAGAGUGAUGUUCCCACUGCUCAGAGAAAGCGCUUCACUCGCGUGGAGAUGGCCAGAGUCCUCAUGGAACGGAACCAGUACAAGGAACGGCUGAUGGAGCUGCAGGAAGCUGUACGGUGGACAGAGAUGAUUCGUGCCUCAAGAGAGAACCCAUCUAUUCAGGAGAAGAAGAAAUCUACCAUCUGGCAGUUUUUUAGCCGCUUGUUCAGUCCUUCUAUUAAUCCAACCAAGAAACCCGUCCCACCAGUCAACAUUAAAUACAAUGCCCCCACCUCACACGUCACUCCUGGCGUGGUCAAGAAAAGAAUCGGUGCUAUAUCUCAGUUGCCCAAGUCGAAGGCAUUUGAUUUUCUUAAUGAAGAUGGCAAUGAGAAUACUUCAGCCGCCCGCAGGGAGCAGAAGAGGGAACAGUAUCGUCAAGUGAAGGCCCAUGUUCAGAAAGAUGAUGGUCGAAUUCAGGCUUAUGGCUGGAGUCUGCCUCCAAAAUUCAAACAGGUGACAAACGGUGGUCCAUGUGAGAACAAGAUGAAGAAUUUGCCAGUGCCAGUGUACCUGCAGCCUCUGGACGACAAAGACACCUUUAUGAAGUUGUGGUGUGCUGUCGGUGUUAACUUGUCAGGAGGGAAAACCCGCGACGGAGGCUCGAUCUUUGGUGCGAGCGUGUUUUACAACGACGUGUCUGGUUCGGAACCAGAAAGCUGUAAGCUGCGGAGUGGGUCUCAAAGCAGCCUGGACCGCCUGGAGCAGGAACUUAAAGAACAGGAGAAGGAGCUGAGGCAUCAUGAGGAGUUGUCCAGCUUGGCUUGGAUCUGCACGAGCACACAUUCCACUGGGAAAGUGGUGGUCAUUGAUGCCAACCAGCCUGCAACAAUCUUGGACAGUUUCUUUGUCUGCAACUCGCACAUACUAUGCCUUGCCAGUGUGCCAGGUGCCCGAGAGACGGACUAUCCUGCUGGAGAAGAAAUUGCAAUGGACGGUGAGGGGAGCCAGGCGGAGUGCAGCUCGCUAGCAGGCAGCGUCGCCAGUAACAGCUCGGCUGGCAGUGACAAUCUGUUGGGAGGGAUCACAGUGGUUGGUUGCACCACAGAAGGGAGUACUGUCCUUCCAAGCAUGCACACCCAAGGCAGCACCUCGCCAAUCCAGGGAGAGUCAGGGGACGUUGGUGAAGUGAGUGGCAGUCCUGAUGAAAGUUUGCUGGCAGCAGAAGAGGCCACAGAAGCAACAGAGUCCAAUCUAAACCUCCCCGUGUCAGAUGAUGAUGUGACUGAUGGCAGUCAGUCGGGUGCCUACACGGAGCAUGUCUUCACUGAUCCCCUGGGAGUGCAGAGCUCUUCUGACAGCACGCAGACCUACAACAGACGGGAAUCUGAUCUGUACAAGGACGGAGUAUCUGCACUUCCAAUGGAGCAGGAUCUGAUGCGUGAAGAAGCUGAGAAAAUGAGUAGUGUUCUACCCACUAUGUGGCUUGGGGCACAGAGUGGUUGUUUGUAUGUCCAUUCCUCCGUAGCUCAGUGGAAGAAAUGUCUACACUCCAUUAAACUUAAGGACUCCAUUCUUAGUAUUGUACAUUUAAAAGGAAGAGUAUUAGUGGCUUUAGCUGAUGGAACCUUGGCAAUCUUCCACAGAGGAGUAGAUGGCCAGUGGGACCUCACCAACUAUCACCUUCUGGACUUUGGGCGACCGCAUCACUCCAUUCGCUGCAUGACAGUCGUGCACGAUAAAGUAUGGUGUGGCUACAAGAAUAAAAUCUACAUCGUACAACCAAAAGCCAUGAAAAUUGAGAAGUCGUUUGACGCCCACCCUCGGAAGGAGAGCCAGGUACGACAGCUGGCCUGGGUGGGUGACGGUGUGUGGGUCUCCAUCCGGCUGGACUCCACCCUGCGCCUCUACCAUGUCCACACCUACCAACACCUGCAGGAUGUAGACAUCGAACCGUACGUCAGCAAAAUGCUCGGGACUGGGAAACUGGGCUUCUCCUUUGUCCGGAUCACAGCUCUCAUGGUGUCCUGUAACCGCCUGUGGGUGGGGACAGGUAACGGCGUCAUCAUCUCAAUCCCCCUGACGGAAACUGUCGUCCUCCACCAGGGACGUUUACUGGGUCUGAGGGCCAAUAAGGCAUCAGGGGGGUCUGGAAACCGUCCCGGAAAUGUCAUCCGCGUCUACGGCGAUGAGAACAGUGACAAGAUCACCCCUGGCACGUUUAUCCCGUACUGCUCCAUGGCCCACGCUCAAUUGUGUUUCCACGGGCACCGAGAUGCCGUCAAGUUCUUUGUGGCCGUUCCAGGGACACCGUUUGAUGCUGAACAUUCAUUUGAAAAAUUAGGAGCCGCAGCCUCUGAUUCCUCUGGCCAGUCGUCGGUGCCGUCAGUGCUGGUGAUGAGCGGGGGAGAAGGUUACAUCGACUUCAGGAUGGGUGAUGAGAGUGAAGAGACUGAGGAUCUCAGGGAGACACUACAGGUGCCACCUUCACUGGCCAAGGCAGAGAGAAGUCACUUAAUCGUCUGGCAAGUCAUGUUCAACAAUGACUGAAGGACCACCUCACCACUGGAUGACUGAGAUACACACCUUGCAUGUUGUUUUAUUUUGGUUUAUUUUGGUUUUAAUUUCUUCACCGCAAAGUGUUUGAGCAGUUCUUCACCAUGGUCCCUCGGCUUGCAUGGUGAGGGUGAAAGAGGGGUAAGUAUCUUGCCCAUUCCUCACAGGGUCUUCCUACUGUUGAAAGGACACGCUUGCUGAUCAUUAGUCACUUCCAGAAACUUAGGCUGCCUUAGUGAAACUAGUGUUAGUUUCCAAGGGUUAUUAUGCUAACACUAUUCUAAAGAACUAAUUUGUAUUUGCAAUGGUUAUAAAGAAAGCUAUUUAUUUCUGUGUGGGCCUUGGCACAGUUACCAAAGGACAUUUACCCAGAGCGGCACUCAUUUCACAAGUUGUAAACUCUGUGGUGUUUGGGACGACUCAUCAAACUUUUAUAAAGCAAUUUGUUGUAGAAACUCUUGACACUUGUGACAGGGAAAGUUGACAACCUGCGCUACACCUCAGAUCCAUUUUAUAUACACACUACUAAAAUCUCUUCUUUUCUCUAACAGAAGUGGAUUAAUUUUAUUGACAGUUUUGUUGAAAGAAACAUGUUCACCUCUCCAAGCCUAUUUUAAAAAUAUACAAAUUUUAUGGUCUGUAUUUUUUUUUUGUAAGUUUACUCUUUAGACACUUUAUCUUGUAUUUUAAUUGCUCUGUAAUUUGGAAACUGAAUGCUGCGGCGUUAAAUUGCUCUCUGUUGAAAGCCAAGGCUUCAUUAUGGUGAGCUCAAUAGCUCACAUUGCAGUGUAGCCAUUUCAGUAUUUAUUACCUAUUAUUAAUGAACCUUUGUGGUUCUGAAUGUAACUUUGUACAAGAAAAAAAAUAUAUAUGUAUAUCAAA